AUGUCACCCGAGACGUGGAGAGGCUCGCGACCGAGAGCGUACGGGAAUAGGAAGGAGCAGCCGUGGAGAUCCAUCUACGUCUGGGAUUCGAGGAUGCCGCCACUCUACGAGGUCAUGCGCCCGGCGUUUCGCGUCUUGCGGGUCUUUGGCCUCGCGCCCUACGUUCUAUCCAAGGACGGCAGCUCGGCCCGGAUGCGUGUCUGUAACGUCUAUUGCCUCCACUCCCUCGUCAGCGCGUGCGUCUACUUCGACUGCACCUACCGGUUGCUCAAGAUUUAUGAAAAUAUGCACUUGGAGCUCUCGACUGGUGCGUCCAUCAUCAUCUACGAGAUAUUCCUGAACGUCUUCGUGGUAACGUCGGACCUGGUCCUCGACAUCGCUCGUCGCGGUCGCAUCGUCAACUUAUGCAAUCGACUCGCGAACUUUGACACGGCUCUCGGUAUUAUCUGGAAGCCGCCUCCUCGCAUACUCAGGAAACGGCUUAUCGGCUUCAUCAUCGCAAACAUCUUGAUCUGGUCGGUGAUUGUCGACCUUAGUGCCCGCAGCUUCAAGGACACCUACCUUAACAUGAUCCGCCACACCAUUAUUUACCUCGCUACUGCCGUUGGCAUCUUCAAGUUCUGCGGCGCGAUAUUACUCCUGGAGCAACGGUUUGGGCAGCUUAACAACCUCGCACUGCGAGAUGGUCCUAACAUCUUCGCCGAGGUGAAGUCGACGCAGGCAAAAUCCAAGUCUAAAUUCCCGCGAUUCAAUAAAUUAUUGUGA